GUAACAACUGGAAAGAGAUUCCAGGUUGACGUGGGUGUCAACGCCCGGCAGGUCCUCGGCUGCUCCGCGCAACCAACACCAGCGGCCGCCGAAGAUCAUCACCAGCCCACAUUCGCACCAUGGCAUGGUUCAGCAAACUCAUCCACGAUGACCGGGUGUUGCUUGGCUACCUGGCCAUCAACACGGUGGCAUGUCUCUGGGGGAUCCACGUGCUGCUGAGGAAGUGGCGCGACGAGGCCGAGAUCAAACCAGCGCAGCCCAAGACGCAGUACAUUACUCAGGAGACCGAGGACGCGCUGAAGCUGGGAACGCUCGACACGCUGCUCGGUCACUACAACUAUUCGAUCCGAGAGACGGCGGCCAAGAUUGUCUGCGACCGGGCUGUUAACGACAGGGAAACUGUCGACAUGCUGCUGUGGGGCAUCACGCGGCCCGACUACGAGGAGCGCCUGAAAAACCUCAGGGCCCUUGCUAUCAUCACCGAUCCUCGUGAGUCGCCAGCAAAUCGCGCACUCCGUUUAGGUCCUGGGUGUGCUGGAGCUGACCUGCGGCUGACUGCACGCAAAGAUAGCCUCGAGCGACUCCAUAGGUGGAAGGCCUAUGCUGCCCUCGUCAGGUGCUUGGAGCUGUCCCUCGACCCGGAACAGGAAGUGCUCGACAAUGAAGACUGGGACGAGUAUCCGCUGCGCGACAUGACGGAGAAGCUAUGCCUGAUGUUCAUCAGCCAGCUGCUCAAUUGCUACGACGCCGAGAAACUGGUCAAGGCCAAGUUCGUCGAGAAGUGGCUGGCCAAACAGAAUUGGGGGAAAACUAGGGAGGAACGGUUGCGGAACUUCUUGCAGUACUUGCGCUGCAGAGCCAACCGCAUCACUGACAUCAUCGUUUGCAUCCGGGGAACGCGCUCUGGCCGAGAGGCACUAGAAGCGGCUGGCCUCCUCCCGCCGUCGACGCCCACGGACAGUGAUCCCGAGGACAACAUCCCCUUGAUUGAACGAUUCAAUGUCUUGCUCCCUGCCAACAUCGACGUGAACAACCUACGAGAGGACGAUCCGGCGAGGGUUCUGAUCCGCUCUCUCCAGGCGGUGCAGUCAGUCGAGGAACAGCGUAUGAGGCAUCGGCACCGUGAGGCCAUGGUACUGAAUGACGGAAGCCAUCCUGUGAAUAGCGACGACAUUAUUCAGAGGGCGGAAUCCCCCUUGUGACAGGGCGAUCCACGGCAAACCUCGAAAGCAUCCCUCGAGCAUAUCGUGGCUCUCAGCAGCCCGAUCCACUUGCGCGCGAUCCACUUGCGCACGUCGACAGGAACAAACUGAGAGAAUGGCGAGCUGAACGAAGCAGCUCACCCGCCUCUGCUUUCUGCCAGCGCCAAGCCCGAGCCUAUCAAGCAUCUAAUCUUGCUU